AUGGCGGAGGAGCAACAGGAAAUGCAAGAGCAAGUUCCAAUGGACGAACAGGGGGACUCUGUCCCUAUCCUGGUCGACCGAUCAAAGUUGACACCUCAGAUGCGACAUUUCCUCACAAUGUCGAAGAUGCAGUCUGAAAAUGCUUACAAAGAGGAAGCUGCAAAAGUUAACUCUAAGAACGAGUUUACCAAAACUUUUACUGAUCAGGCUGAAUACAAAAUUAAUAAGGCCGUUCAUGAAGCAACUGUCGACAGAAACUACAAAAAGGGAGCUGCCGAAGCAGUUGAGAACUUCAAGGGCCACCAGAACCUUGGCUAUGAUAACCCUCAAAUGGCUCAUCACGCCAAGAAUAACGAAAUGCUUUCUAAUGCCUACUACAAAGAAGACUACGAAAUGGACAAGGACAUCGUCUACUUUCCCAUGGAGGCUUCUCCAGGCUAUGUGAACGCAAAGAAGGUAAAAGAAGCGACGGACGAUGCGAACUACAAAGCUAAAGCGGCAGAAAACAAUCAGCAGAACAAGCUCAACCUUUGCGAAACACCUGUCUAUCAGACUCAAGAAGCUCUCAAGGCUAAGGUGUCCAACAAGGCUUACACUAAGGACUAUGAAGAGGCAAAGAUCAAUGUUCACCCUACUCCUGUCACCCACGAGAUGGUUGCCAGUAAGAAAGCUGGAGAGCUGACCAAGCGAGCUUAUGGUGCGAAUGGCAUGGAAGCUAUUCGAUCGUACAACAACGAUGCUAGUAUGCUCAACAGAGGCGAUAUCCAACAAGCUCAGAAGACUCAGAAACAGGAUGACCAUCUCAAGCGAGAGUACCGAAAGGACUACGAGGAAAGCAAGACAAAAUAUGAAUUUGAAAAGGCCCUGAACGACGUGCCAGUCAUCAAACAGCAGAUUCUUGCUUCCAAGCAGGCUGAUGCCACCAAUACUACUUAUGGAGCUGGUGGAAAGCAGAGCAUGGAACGUAACGAGUUUACAAAGACAUAUUGCGAUACUAAUGUCUACAAGACUAACAAGGCUAUCACUGCUAUUACUCGAGACUCGCUUUACCAAGCCGGAAAAGCUGAUGCUAUCAAAUCUUUCAAAGGAUUCCAGGCUUUGGACAUCAACCAGGUUCCAUCUUUUAAGCAGCACAUGGCCAACCAAGAGAACCUUUCCAAUGUCUACUACACUGAUGAUUAUGAAAACGACAAGGACUUGGUUUAUUUCCCUACCAACAUUACUCCAAAGUACGAGUCGGACAAGAAGAACGCUGAGAUCAACGCGAACUACAAGACCGAAGCGGCCAAGGAUGCUGAAACUCACAAGUUUAACUUGGCGGAAAGCGAAACCUACAAAAAUCAAAAGGACGUUGAGAGCAAAACCCGACCAAAGCAGUACACUGAGAAGUGGGAGCAAGAAAAGUUCAAGGUCAUUGGCACCGCUGUUACCAAAGAAAUGGAACUCAUCGAAACUCUCAAGAAAACAAAGGAUGCCGCUUAUACUGAGGCUUGGGACGAGGCAAAGUUGAAUAUCCACUAUCCACCAGAUAACCCACUCAUGCUUCAAGCCAAAAAAUCUGCCAAGCAGUCUUCUGACAUCGAAUAUAAGAAGGACUACCGAGAAAACGUUCUUGGCGCUAAGUCAUCUGCUGAUGCUGAGGGCGAUCUUGAAUAUGUUGUUAACAAAAAUAACAAAGCUAUCACAGACGACGCUAACUACAAGAAGGAUGCAAUGGCCGCUAUGGAACAUCAUAAAUAUGCCCCUGAGUUUUGUGAGACCGAGAAGUACAAGAUUGCGAAGAACAUCACCGAGAUCACAUCCGACCGAUACAACACCACUAAAGAAACUCUCAAGAACUUCCAAGGAUGGAAUACUAUUCGACCUGGUGACAAUCCACUCAUCGUUCAUCAUGCGAAGAAUGCUGAUCAACUUAACCCCUAUCUUUACAAGGAAGAUUAUGAAGUUGAUAAGACAUUGGUCGAUUAUCCUGUUCAUAUGUCUGAGCAUUACCAGAACACGAAAAAUCUGAAGGAGAAGCUCGAUGGCUAUACUGAAGAUUACGAGAAGAUGAAGCAGCAAAAUCGUCUCGAUUUGACCAAGACCGAAAAGUACAUCAACGAUGAAGCUUUGUCCAAGAACUAUCGAUCUGACAAGGGCUACAAGGCAAAAUAUGAAAAGGAAGUCCAGGGACACUGCAUUGGUUCGGAGACCAACCCGCAGCUUGAGCAGUUGAAAGGUCUCAAGCCGUAUCAAAACGAUAAGCUCUACCAAGAGGGUGCUCGCGAACUCAUGAAGACUACCAACGUUCCUCAUGAUGCUCCUGAAUUCGAGCUGUCCAAGAAGCGAAACGAAAUUCGAUCUGAUAAGUUCUACAAGAAAAACUACGAAGAGACCAAGCACAAGAACAUUCCUGGUCCAGUUGAGAACUAUCACGAUUAUAAGACUCAGGCGGAAGUUAAAGCAAUCACUAACGAUGCUGCUUACAAAAAGAAGUACAACGAGACUGUGGUUACCAACUCUGUCACCAAAGAGUUCUGUAACACUGAACAAUACAAGACCAACAAAAAUCUCAAGAAGCUUACUUCGAAGGCCAACUAUUCCGACUUUCCAGAAACUCUUGCAAAAUAUAAGGGAUUCCAGUCGAUUGAUACCAACGAAGUUCCUGAGUUUGCCAUGCACGCUCGAAAUGCAGAUCAGCUUUCUCAACCCUUGUAUAAGGAAGAUUACAACAAUGAAAAAGAUCUCGUUUUCUUCCCAGUGCACAUGUCCGAGAAGUAUCAACAGGAUAAGAAACUUCACAAAGACAUAAAAGACUACGAUGCUAACUACCAGGAUAAGAAGCACGAGGUCAAUUUCAAUCAGGCUGAGACCGAAAAAUACCUGCAAGACAAGGAACAUCGCGCCAAGACCAGCGACAAAGGAUACAAAAAGGAAUGGUCCGAAAAAGUUCAGGGCACUACCGUUGGUACUGCCCGAACUAUGGAGAUGGACCUUCAGGAUACCCUUAAAAUCACCAAGGAUUCCGCGUACAAAGAAGGCGCUAAGGAGCGAAUGAAGAGCUACAAUCGAUCUCUCCAAGAUCCUGAUUACGAACAAAUGGCCAAGUCGCAGAUUCAGAGAUCUGACAAAGACUACAAAAAGGACUACAAUGAGAAUGUUCUUGGAAAGAACAUUGGUGCUCCUAUUGAGGGUCAUCUUGACUACUACAACCAGAAGAAAGUCAAAGAAAUCACUCAAGAUUCUGCUUAUACCGCUGAUGCCAAGGAUCGAAUGCGAUCGUUUGUCCUUGAACCUAAUGCACCAUUUGUCCGCAAUGCCAUUGACGUCCAGAAGCAGGUCAAUAUGGCUUCUUACCGAAAAUCUGGAAAGGAAGCAAUCGACCAGUUCAAGGGUUUCCAGCAAUUGGAUAUCUACAAGAACCCUUACCUCAACCGUCACAUUAUCAAUUCUGAAAACUUGUCGAACAACUACUACAAGGAAGAGUACGAAAUCGACAAGGACUGUGUUUACUUCCCAUACAACACUACUGAGAAGUAUGCGGCAGACAAGAAGCUCCACGACACUGCCGGUGAUCUUGCUUAUGCUGAGAGUCACAAGAAAGAGGACUGGAAGCAUUCUAUGGACCUUUGUGCCACUGAAAAAUACCAGCAAGAUGCGAAGCUUGUUGCUGAGAACCAAGGACAGCGAUACAAAGCAAAAUAUCUUGAAGAUGUCUCCAAGGGUCGAGCAGGUGGUAAACUUGUUCAUACUUGGGAAAUUGACGCGAUGAACAUGAUGAAGAAGGUUCGAGACCAAGCCUACACUGCUGGAGCCAAGCAAAUUCAGCGAAAAUAUGAUCUUAUGCUUGAUGACAACAAACUGUCUCACUUGAUGAAAGUCCAAGAUGUUUGCAACGCCCGACUUUACAAGAAGGACUACAAUGAAAAUACUCUUGGAAAGGGCGCUGCUGAUCCAGGCAUCGCUUAUCCUUAUUACAAGGAACAAGCUAAGCUCACCGAAAAGAUGCAAGCAAGCGAGUACACCAAAGACGCGAAAGAACGUAUGGAAAAGCCAGAAAACUACGUUCGAUGGGAUGAGCUUCGACGAUCGCGAAAAGUCGCUCUUCAGUGCAAGGACUCUGAAUAUCGAAAGUCCUUCCAUGAAGCUGUCAAGAGCAUGAAGGGAUUCCAGCAGCUCGACAUCUUCCAGAACCCUUACAUGUCUCGGCACAUUGUCAACGCAGAAAACGCAUCCGAUGUGUACUACAAGGAAGACUACGAAAACAACAAGGAUGUUGUUUAUUUCCCUGUCCAGAUCACUGAACGAUUCCAGGACAUGAAAAAGAUCGCCGAGAUCGAGGCUGACUAUAAAACUGAAGCUAAGAAAAUUCAGGCGAAAGUCACUUUCGACGCUGCUUCCACAGAGAAAUAUAAUGCUGACAAAGCUCUUCGAGAAAAACUCGGCGCUGAAUACACCAAAAACUCCAUUGAGAUCAAUGCCCGACCCAAGGGUGUCGACAAAACUAUGGAUAUGGAGCGAAUCGAAAAGCUCAAGAUUGUCCAGGGAACCAACUAUGCUGCUGAAGCUAAGCGUCUUGCUAUGAAAUACGGGCUUACUGCUGAUGAUACCAAGCUAGCGAAUUCCCUUCUUUCUGCGAAAAUCACUUCUGAUCGUCUUUACCAUGAGCACUACAACAAACAUGUUCGAGGCACAACCGCUCAGAAUCCAGGAAUCGCUUACGAGAUCGAGGUUACUCGAAACAAGAACGCUGCGAAGAUUCGAUCUGACAACGAAUAUCAGAAGGAUGCCAAGAAACUCGCUCAGCGAAACGAGUUUACUAAGCAGAAAUACAGUGAAUCCGAGAAGGCUCGACUUGUUGCUCUCCAAUGCAAUGAUUCUGAAUAUCAAAAGGGCAAACGAGAAGCUGUCAACGAGUUCAAGGGUUACAUGCGAAUGGAUGCUUCUCUUCAUCCAGUUGUUACUCGAGGUAUCCUUGUUUCUGAAAUGCAGUCUGCUGCGCUUUACCGAGAAGAUUGGGAGAUGGAGAAAGAUCUUAUUUACUAUCCCUUGAACAUGACUCCCGGUUAUGAGCAGCUCAAAGCAGCCGACGAGUACAAAUCCGAUGCUAACUAUCGAGCCAAAUGGGAACAAGACAAGAUUGCAACCAAGUACAAUGCUGCUCUCACUGAAAAGUACAAUAACGAUCUUGAAAUCCGAAAGGUUCAAUCAGACGCCUUUUACCGAUCUGAAUGGAACAGCAAACAGCGACAUGAGUUCAAAACACCCGCUCGAACAAUGGAAAUGGAUCGAUUUGAGCCUCUCCGAAAGCUUACUAAUAAGGCCUACGCCCUUGAAGCGAAAAAACUUGGUGAGAAAUAUGGCCUUGUUCAUGACGAUAUUACUCUUCGAAACUUAAUGGCUGUUGGUGGUAUCACAUCUCAGAUCGCUUACAAGAAAGCCUACAAUGCUGAAGACCUUGGAAAGUCUUCCAAGGCCGACUUUUAUGGCUAUCUCCCUUAUGUCACCCAACGAGAUGUCAAAGCUGCAACCAAUGACGCCGCUUACACCAAGGAUGCCAAGAACAUCAUGAAGCACAACGUUGUUGCCCAGAGUAACGAAGAGCUCCGAGCCCGCUCGGUCGCUCUUUCCAUGAAAGAUUCGGAGUACAAAAAAUCUAUGCGAGAAGCUAUCGAAACCUGCAAGGGUUUCAUGAGAAUGGACGCUCAUCUUCAUCCUGUUGUCCAGAGAGGUGUUGCCGUCAAUGAAAUCAUCUCUGAUGCUCUCUACAAAGAAGAGUGGGAGUUAGAGAAGGAUGCGAUCUACUUCCCAGUCCAAAUGACUCCAGGAUAUGAGACUGCAAUUACUUCUACAAAGCAGAGCUCUGACAUUGUCUAUAAGUCUGAUUACAAUGCUAGCAAGCACCAGAACAAAUACGAUCCAACUGUUUCUGAAAAGUACCAGUCUGACAAGGUUGUGGAAAAUGCUCGAAGUGAUAAGACCUACAGAAAGGAUUACGAAGAAACAAAACACCAGAACAUUGGAAUCGCUGUCACCUCAGAAAUGGAACGAGCUGGUAUCCAACGAGAUCUUCGAGAUGCCAAGUAUUCGCUUGAAGCCAAGAACUUGGCAAUGAAAUAUGGCUUGACUCACGAUGAUAUCAAGCUCAAGAACCUUCUGGCUGUUGGCGCUAUUUGCUCAGAGCGACUUUACAAAGAUCACUAUAACAAGGAAGUUCUCGGAAAAUCAUCCAAGGCUGAUCUUAACGGUUAUCCUCACAUCAAGGACUCUUUCAAGCUUCAAAAAGAAAUGUCGAAGGCUCAGUAUGAGAAGAAAUCAAAAGAAAUUCUCAAGAAAAACAACUAUGCUCAAUUCGACGACGAAAUAAGAGCUCGAAACAUGGCUCUUUCCGUUAAAGACUCAGCCUACAGAUCAUCAAUGUGGAAAGCUAUUGAUGAAUUCAAGGGUUUCAUGAGAAUGGAUGCUUCUUCGCAUCCAGUUGUUACUCGAGGUAUUUUGGUCGCAGAACUCAUGUCAGAUGCUCUCUACAAAGAAGACUACAUGCUUGAGCGCGAUUUGAUCUACUACCCCGUCCAGAUCACUCCUGGAUAUGAAUCUGCAACUAACGCUCAGAAUUUCGCUUCUGACAUCAACUACCGAGCGAAAUAUCACGAAACAAAAGCUGAGAACAAGUACAACUCUACUCUUGAUCAGCGAUAUGCUGAAAUCAAAACUCAUGAGAAAGCUCGAUCUGACAAGACCUACAAAGCUGAUUAUGAAGCUACAAAGCAUAACGCUAAAGGAACUCCUGUUACUCAAGAAAUGGAGCGUGCUGCAAUCAUGAAAGAAAUUAGCGAUGAUAAAUACAAGGCGGAAGCCAAGAAACUCGCCAUGAAAUAUGGACUGACUUGCGAUGAUAUCAAGCUUGCCAAUUCUUUGGCUGUUGCAAAGAUCGCUAGUGACAAAUUGUACAAGAAAGAUUACAAUGAAAACGUUCUUGGUGCAUCUGGCAAAGCUGAUCUCCAAGGUUAUCCAGUUUACAAGGAUGCCAAGGAAAACAACGCCAAGCUCAACUCAAAAGCGUAUAAGAAGGACGCUAUGAAGGUUCUCGAAAAGAACAACUACGCUCAGUUUGAUGACGAAAUCCGUGCCCGAGAAGUUGCACUUUACUGCAAUCCAGAUCGAUACAGCCAACAACGACGCGAAGUUAUCAACGACAUGAAGGGAUUCAUGAGAAUGGACGCUGCUAUGCAUCCAGUUGUCACUCGAGGUAUUGAAGUUGCUGAGAUGCAGUCCGCUGCUCUUUACCGCGAAGAAUGGGAGAUCGAAAAGGAUCUCAUUUACUUCCCCGCACAGAUUACACCUGGAUAUGAAUCUGCUCAAGAUGCUUACAAAUUCCAGUCUGAGAAUCUUUACCGAAAGAAAUACAAAGAUGACCUUGAAAACGCUCCUGUUUUUAAUCCUGUUCAUACUGAAAAAUAUCAACAGGACAAGGAAACGGAGAAGCACCGUAGCGACAAGCACUACAAAGCUAAAUGGGAUGACAUGAAGGAGAAGGGACAAGGAUUUAGUUCUGUUCCGGUGACCAUGGAAAUGGAACGAGCCAAGCUUCUUGAGAAAACCGCCAUGAAAAUUUACGGCAAAGAGGCUAAGAAUGUUGCCAUGAAAUAUGGUCUUGAUGCUCAAGAUGUUACCCUUAGCAACUUGAAGAAUGUCCAACAGCUUCGUUCAGACAUCCUUUACAAGAAGAAAUACAUCGAGGAGGAUCUCGGAAAAUCUUCUGUCGCUGAUCUUAAGGGUUAUCCUCAUCUCGAGGCUUCCAACAAGCUCCAAAAAGCAAUGUCCAAGGCUGAAUACGAAAAAGAUGCCAAGCAAUGUUUGACAAAGAACAACUACGUGCAGUUCGACGAGCAGAACCGAGCUGAAAAAAUGGCUUAUGAAGUCCGAGGAUCUAACUACCGACGACAAAUGUGGGAGACUAUCAACAAAUACAAGGGUUUCCAGCGAAUGGAUGCCGCUUCUCACCCAAUCGUCGCCGAGGGUAAUCGAGUCAACGAUAUCAUUUCUCAGCGUAAUUACAUCGAGGACUAUCUCAUUGACCGAAAUGUCAUCUACUACCCUGUUCACAUGACCCCUGGUUAUGAAGCUGCUAUGUUCGCCGCCAAAUGGCAGUCCAACAUCGAAUACGAUGCUGACUACCAGGAAAAUAAGAUGAAGAACAAGUUCAACAUGACUGAGACUGAGCGAUACAAGGAUAUUCAGGUCACGGAACAAUUCCGCUCUGACAAGAACUACCAGGCUAAGGUCAAAGCCGAUUUCUCUGCUGGCAAGGGUCUCACUUCUAUCAAAGAGACUCCGGAAAUGGUUAUUUCAAAGGCGCUUAAGCCUCUUCGAACUGAGUACAUGAAGGAAGCCAAAGAUCUCGCUGCUAAAUAUUCUCUCUGUGCUGGUGCAGUUGAAAUUGCCCACGCUCUUGAAGUUGCUGACGUUACUUCCAUGGCUCUUUAUAAGAAGGAUUACAAUGAGAAUACUCUUGGUAAAGCUGCUGCUAAUCCUGGAAUCGCAUAUCCCUUCUAUGAUCUUUGCAAAGAAUACCAGAGCCAAAGAUCUGACAAAAACUACAAGGGAGAUCUUCAGAAAGUCCACGAUAAAUACACUUUCAUGGACUCGGACGAAUGCCGACGAGCUCGAGCAGCUGCUUUAUCCUGCACUCCUCGAGAGUACACUAAGCAGAGAGAGGAGGUGAUCAAAAAGUACCAGGGUUUCCAGCGAAUGGAUGCCGCUACUCACCCAAUUGUAUUGGAAGGAGAACGAGUCAACAACCUCAUCUCAAAAGCCCGUUACCUCGAAGAUUUCAUCAUUGAGAAAGAAUCCGUCUUCUACCCAGUUCAUCUCACUGCUGGCUAUGAAAACUCUAUCAACGCCCAGAAGCUUCUCUCUGAGACCGAGUACAAGAAAGAUCACGAAGCGAACAAGUUUAAAAAUGUGUACGACUCCAGCAAAACCGAGAAAUACGCUGCUGACAAAGUUCACGAAAAACAUCGAUCUGACUUUUAUUACAAGCUUGAAGCUAACAAGAUGUUUUCUGAGGGCAAGGGCUUCACCGAAGUUGCCGAGCGAUUUGACAUCAAUCUCAGCAAAGAACUUCAGAAGACUCAGGGCGAUCGAUAUGUCAAGGAAGCUAAAGAAAUUGCUGGUAAAUAUGGUCUUGCUCAUGACGCUAUGGCCAUUACUAGCGCUAUUGCUAUCAGCGAUGUUAUUUCUAAAAAGCUUUACAAGAAGAAAUAUGAAGAAGAAUGUCUUGGUACUGGAGCGAAAAACCCCGCAAUUGCUCACCCAGAGUACUUGCACUACAGAGAUGUUCAGGCAGCUUUGAACCAGAGUAAUUACAAGGCUGAAGGUGACAAGAUCAAGGUCAAAUACACUGUUGCCGAGUCUAACGAGACCCUUCGAGCAAGAUCUGUUGCUCUUCAGUGCACUGACAAAGAAUACAAGAAACAGCGUGCUGAAGUUAUCAAUAAGUACAAAGGCUUUCAGCACAUGGACGCCCACAACCAUCCAGUCGUUGUCGAAGGAGAGCGAGUCAAUGAUAUUAUCUCUCACUCAAAGUACAUUGAAGACUAUCUCGUUGAGCGAAACUUCGUCUAUUUCCCAGCUCAUAUUACUCCUGGUUAUGAAAAUGCUGUUGCAGUCAACAAGUUCCAAUCUGACAUUCCAUACAGAAAGGAUUACUUGGAAAACCGAGCAAAGAACGUGUACGACGUCACCACCACUGAGCGAUACGCGGAUCAGAAGGCAGCUGUGAAGUAUAAGAAUGACCAGUACUACGCUGAAGAGUGGAAUACAACUGGGAAAUUGAAGUUCACCCCUGUCAGUGAUACUCCUGUUCAGAACCUCGCGAAGGCGAACUCGAAGCUUCAGCGACCAAAUGAUUACGUGGCUGAUGCUAAAGAUAUCAUGUCAAAGUAUGGUCUUGAGCUUCAGAACUUGAACUUGCAGGAAUCGAUGAAGAAUGGUCAGCACCACAAGGACUAUCUUUACAAAGAAAAAUACAACAAGGAGACCAAGGGUAAAGGUGGAAACUACAAAGGAAUCGAUGACGUCUUUGACUACAAGCGAGCGAAGGAGAACCAGUUCAACUUGAACGAAAAGAACUACCGUGCCACUGGCGAAGAGUUCAAUCACAAGUACACUCUUGUCUACGAUACGCCCGUCCAGCUGACUGCUCUCAAGAAUCAGAAAAACAUCAAUCACGCUCUCUACUCGAAGUCCAAAAUUGAAGCCAUUGAAAAAUUUAAGGGCUUCCAGAGAAUGGAUGCCGCUACUCAUCCAAUCGUCGUUGAGGGAGAACGAGUGAACGAUGUUAUCUCUCACCGAAAGUACAUCGAAGACUACCUUAUUGAUAGAAACGUCAUCUACUACCCUGUUCAUAUGACUCCUGGUUACGAAACUGCCAUGUACGCUUCUAAAUGGCAAUCUAACAUUGGUUACACUGAUGAAUACCAGAAGUCUAAAGUAAAGAACGUCUAUAAUCAGGCUGAGUCCGAGCAGUAUAAGGAUGCUAAGGCCCGACAAGCUGCUAUUGGACAAAAUGCCUACGGUCGAGAAUGGAAGGACAAACUUGCGACUUCGAAGCAGCACACUGAAAUCGUUGAUCCCACUGAGGUUAAGCUUGCCAAGAGCGUCAAACCAUGGAUCGGCAAAGCCGCUUACAUCAAGGCUGCAAAGGAAAUCGCUGCCAAGCAUGGACUUGUUGCCGGUGAUAUCAGUCUACAGCACGCCGCUGAGUGCAAGCUGAAGCUCUCGAUGAAGGAUUAUCGACAGGCAUAUGUUGAGUCCGUACAGGGUGUUGGUGGAAAAUAUCAGUCCAUUGAUGACUUGUUCAUUGAAAAACAAGCCAAACUCACUCAAGAGCAACUUUCCCAGAAAAACUACACCGCUAAAGAUGAUGCUUCUCUUCACCAAUACACUGUUAUUCCCGAUUCUAUCGAAAUGCAGCGAGUUAAAGCUCAAGCCGGUCUUCUCAACGAUUACUUGUACUCUGCUUCUCGACGAGACUGUAUUGCUCGAUACAAGGGUUUCCAAAACAUGGACGCUCACUCUCACCCCGUUGUCAUUCGUGGUGUUGAAGCUAUGGAGCGAAUUUCAAACUCCAAGUACACUGAAGAGUGGAAAGAAAUUAAGGAGAUGAUCUACUUCCCCGUUCAGAUUACUCCAGCUUAUGAGUCUGCUAUGCAAGCUUAUCAGUUCCAGUCCCAGCUUCUCUACAACAAGGACUACCACAAAGAAAAGCACAACAAUGUCUACAACAUGUGUACCAGUGAAGGUUACGCUCAGAAGCAAACCGCAAAUAAGAUCCUUUCCGAUCAUCAUUAUCAGGAAGACUACCGAAAGAACAAGGGCAAGGGCUUCACUGAAGUGAUGACUCUCAAAGAAGAGACUGCGAAGAGUGUCCAGCCACAAACAUCCAUUAGACUUUAUCAGCAAGCCGCCAAGGACUUGAUGGGCAAGUACCACAUUGACUGUACGGCAAUGGAAGUCGGCCAUGCUAUGGAGAUGCGAAAUGUCUGCUCCCAGCGAAUCUAUGAUGAUGUUUAUAACAAGGAAGUCAAGGGUCUGCCAUCUCGAUUCUUCCAUCUAACUGAAACUUACGACACUUACAAGAAGAACGCCAUCAACUUGAAUGAUAAGAUCUACCAGCAGGAUGGACGCGUCGCCUCGCAUCAGUAUACUUUCGGGCCCAAUCUCAUGCUCGAACACUACAAGAACGUUAUGAAGCUCAUGAGCACUUCUGACUACACCAAGUCACAGAAGAUCGUUAACAAUACAUUCAAGGCUUUCUCCAAGCUCUGUGUCGGCGACGAUAUGAACAUGGUUCGAGCUGCUGAAAAUGCUCGAAACUUGUCUGACUGGCGAUACAAGGAAGAAUACCUCGAAGAGCGAAACUACGCCUAUUUCCCUGUUCACAUCACUCCGGGAUAUGAGAAUGCUCUCCAGCACACCAAAAUGAUGUCUGACAAGAAAUACAAGGCAGAAUACGAAGAAUCUAAGCGAAAAGCAAACCAUUUCCGUGCUAACGAGACUGAGCAUUACAUCCAAAAUAAGGACCUCGAUGGCUUCCUUUCUAUUCACAAGUACAGAGCUAAGUAUAUGGCCGAUAGGAACAAGGGCUACAAGGGUGUCAAGGGUCUUGAUAUGGUUCAAGAAAACCUUCGAGAUUGCCAGAAACGCCUGAGCAACUGGACAUACGAGCAAGAAGCCCGAAAUACUAUGGGCAAAUAUAAUCUCGACUUGGACUUUAUGCCAUUCAAGCUUGCGAAAGCUAAUGACGUCAUCCAAAGUGAGAACCUUUACCGAAAGGCUGGAAAAGAAUUCAACACCAAGUACCAGUCUGCUGGAAAGGACGAAUUUGCUCUUCAGCUCCAUGCUGCUAACAAGAAGCUCCAAAACCCUAACAAUUACGCCGCUGAUUGGAAUAAGCAGAAGGAGAAGUACACUCUUAUCCCCGACUCUGUCGCAGUUGAAGGCGCCAAAGCUGCGUCCAAGGCCUUCAGCCAGAAGGAGUACUUGAAGGAUUAUGAAGCUGCCGUAAAGAGCGCCUCUUCUUUCAAAAACAUCGAUAUGUGGCCUGAAGAUCGAUUCCACUCGGAAGUCACUCGAAAUAUGUCGAAGCAUGCGUACCAGGAGGAAUAUCUUAUUGACCGAGAGUGCUGCUUCUACCCUGUUCACAUCACGCCUGGGUACGAACUUUCUCUCGAAGUCAACCGAUUCCAGUCCCAGUGGCUCUAUCUUCAGAAGUAUAAAAAGGAUAUCCAGGGCGCGCCAAACAAGUACAAAAUCACUGAGUCUGAGAAAUAUUCUCAGGACAAGAAGAACAAGGGUCUUCUUGACUUCAAGUACCAAGAAGCUGGAAAGGCCGCUAACACCAAAUGGCAAUUUACAAUUAUCACUCCUGUUCAUGAGCACCAAAAGGCCAUGAUCGAGCUCGGUAGUGAAUCAAAGUACAAAAAGGAGGCUAAGGAAAUCAUGAUGAAGUAUGACUUGCCAGUUCAGCGAAUUGAUAUUGUUGCUGCUAAAGAAGCUCGACAGAUGGUAUCUGACUAUAUCUACUUAACUAAGCAUCGAGAAGAAAAGGGUAAAUCUCGUCUCUGGAAUGCUGCUGCUGCCCUUGAUGGUCCUCGACAUAAGGAAAAUCAACAAAACGUAUCCGAGAAGGGCUACAAAGAAGCCGCUGAGAAGAUGAAGACAACAUUUAAUAUUCCAGUAGAUCACUUGCCUAUCAAGGCUGCUCAAGAAGCUGCUGCUGCAUGCUCUAACCUUGACUACAAGAAAACUUAUCAGGAAGCCAUCAAGCAAUGCAGAGCUUUCACCAAACUCAGCAUCAAGGAUUCUCUCACUCAAACUUUCCAUCAGGAUGUGAAAGAAAUUCUUUCUGACAAGAAAUACAAGGAAGAGUACAUGGAAGAGCAGGUUGGCUGGUGCAUUCCUGAAUUCGAUACUCCCGAGUACCGACGAAUCAAAGAGCAGUACGACCGAGGUGAUGUCUCUGACAAGCUUUACAAGAAGACAUUCUACAAAAACACCUUCGGAAAGGGACUUACUGACUUCACUGGACCUUCCUUCCAGCAUGCGCUCAAUAUGAAAACCGAACAAUCCAAAAUUUCUUAUGAAGCAAAAGACAAAGAGAAGCAUAAGUGGGCUUCUCAUAUGGCUAACCAGACUCCCGGUGCAAUGGAGCUCAAAGAAGCCCAGAAAUAUCAGUCUGCGUCUUCCUACAAACAGCCCGAGCACUACAUGGGCAUUGGUGCUGCCGUUAUGUCAGAAGAAACCAAAAAUCAGCUUGAAGUUCAGCACUUGGCUUCCGUUAACGAGUACAAACAGAAGUACGAAGAGACAAAGCACAUUUCCGACUUUGCAAAGUGCGAGGAGCCAAUCGACAUGGCUGCUUUCAAGGAUGCACAAAAACUCCAAUCCGAUAAUCUCUACAAGGCUCAGCACUUGAAGGAGGACUUCGGCAGACCUGCUGAAUUAGCCAUGUCAGUCAAGCUUGUUCAGGAUCGAGAAAAUCAGAAACUUGCUUCUGAGCAUCCAUACAAGCUCAAGGGUGAGAAGGCCAAACACAUCCAGAGCUACCAAAACAACUUGUUCCUCACUCCAUGGGCUAAAUAUGUUGAAGAGAUGAAGCAUCUUGUUUCUGACAACAAGUACAAGGAAGAAUGGAACGAUGAAAAAUCUGCUAUCUGGGUCCCUUACAUGUGGACUGUCGAGUACGAGCACUACAAAGAACAGGCUGAUCUCAAGAAUCAGCGAGCAUACACUGGCGAUGCCAAAAAGGCUCUUUCAAAAACCGCCAAUCUUUAUCAAUCUGUUGAGCAUGAAUUCCAAAAGGAAGUUAAGAAGGAAAUCUCCACCAUCAACUAUGGCAACAAAGUUAAGGGUGUUAUGCAGCACGGUCCACACACUACUGUUGCUGAUACUCCAGCGAUUCUUCACGCUAAAGAAGCCCAAGAACUCGCAUCUGGUCAGAAAUAUAAGGCAGAAGCUGAAGUUUUCAACAAGUUCUGUGCUCUUGACCCCACUGGAGCUACAAAGCUCGCUAAAGAUGCAAACGUCGUGAAACUCGAUCAGACUUACGAUCUCAAGGCUACUCCUAUCGAGCUCAAGGAUGAUUUCAAAACCCAAGAACUCCUCCGCGCCCAGAAAAUGGUGGGCGGUAAAGAUUACAAGAAGGAGGCGAUUGCUGAAAUGCAUGCUGUAAACGGUUGUUCUGUAACUGAUACUCCUUGGCAACUCACUGUCGACAAUGCUCAAAAGUACGCUUCUGAGACUCAAUAUCGAGAAGAUCCAAGCAAGAUGAAAAUCUUUGAUGAUGGUACCCACGAUAUCCAGAAGUAUGCCGAUCGCCAGGCUAAUAUCUCUGACGUCAAAUAUCGAGAAGAAUACAACGAUUACUGGAAGGGGCAAGUUCUUUCUCUGCCAAUUCCAUUUGAUUUGACGAUGGAAUCUCUGUGCGAGCGUCAAAAACUCACUGAUGACAAAGCUUACAAGGAAAAAGCCAAGGAAGCUGCUCAGAAAUACCUUGUGGUUCCAGAUACUCCUUACUACCGACACUUGAAAGAACUUGCGGAGAAAUCUGGCGAGCGUACUUACAAGGCCGCUGCUCUUCAUGAAAUGAGAGCAAUGAAUCUCAACACUGCGGACUCAUUCAGCAUCAACGAGGUCAAAAAGGCUGAAGCUCUUAAGAGCAACCGCGAGUACCAACGAGAAGCUAAGCUCGAAAUGAGUCUCAACUCGCAAACUGUCAACAAGGAGACUGCAGCCCAAAUCGAAGCAACGAAGGUUUCUGAUAAGAUUGGCUACUACAAAGAUGGCAAGGAAGCUAUGAAAUCGAACUUGCAGGCUCACAAGACCUUGGAGCAAGCUCAUAUCAAGGAUACCGUCGAAAAGCUUAACGACAGAAACUACAAGGCUGCUGCAAAGGUCGAAAUGCACGCUGUCAACUGCAACACCAUUGGUGUCCAGCUCAAUGCUGCUAAGGAUGCUCAGAAGCUCACCGACGAGAAAGGAUAUAAGGAGAUCGCUCUCAAGGACAUGCAAUCUACUAACAUCCGAGACGCUGAUAACUUUGUAUUCAACAAUGUCAAACAGAUUCAGAAAGCCGUCUCUGAUGUCGAGUACAAGAAUUCUGAUCAGUUUGGUGGUAUUAAAGACAACGAGUGGUGCUUCCAGUUCCCCGAUGAUCUUUCUCUUACUUCUGCUCAGCAGACUACAAAAUACCAGUCUGAUGCUGCUUACAAAAAACAGUUCAACGAGCAGAAGGGUAAAGUUGCCUUUAUCGCCGCUGAUACACCUGAGUAUGCUCGUCUCCAGAAGAUGCAAGAGCAGUAUUCUGACCUCAAGUACCGAGAUCAGGUUAAGCGAGAGAUGAAAGACAUCACUUUCACUCCUAAUCUCAAAGAAGCCACAAAGGCCUCUGAGAUUGCUUCUGAUGUGAAGUACCGAAAAGCUGGUAAGACCGAGCUCCAGAAGAAUACUCAGGUCAAAGAUAUGAUCGUUGAUCACCAGGCUUCUAUCACCAAGGACACUCUCCGAUCUGAUCGUGACUACAAACAGCAGUAUGAGAUGGAAAAGAGCAAAUUCACUGCUUUGCCCGAUGAUAUCCAAACCACUCACCGAAGCCGAGUCCAAAAGAUUGCUUCGAAGAUUGCGUAUCAACAGGAGAACAAGAUGUCCGAGUACUCCAAACUUGAGCGCACUUACGAUCAAGAGCGACAUGACGACAAUCAGUACCUGGUCUCUUCUAAGUACAAGCAGAAGACUGAAGGCAAGUCUCUCGAUAUGGUUCCCUCAAUGGAAGCUAAACUUGAGUUCCAGACUCUUGCUAGCAAGAUUGAAUACUCUAAGAACAAGCAGCAGGAUAAGAACUCUUUCAAACCUGAGAGCACUCCAAUGUACAACCAGCUCAAGGAUCUCAAAUCUAUCCAGUCUGAUGUUCAGUACAAGAAAAAAGCGCGAGAAGGCAUGGACAAGAACCAUGCUACAUCCAUCGAAGAUCGACCAGAUAUCGCUCAAAAUGCAACUGCUUCUAAGCUCGUCUCUGAUAAGGCAUACAAAGAAGCUGGCAAACAAGGAUCAUCCGGAUACACUUUUGUUCCAGAGGCACCAAUUCACCAGCAUCACAAUCACGCUGGAAAGAUCAACUCUGAGCUUCACUACAAACGAGAAGGUCUCAAGUCACAGAAGGGCAAGGGAUGGGAAGCUGAUGAAGCCAAUCCUUUCCAGCAAACCUACAUGGAAGCUCAGCGAUUCACUUCCGGUCGAAAUUACAAGACCGCCGCUAGAGACGCGAUGAAGGCCAGUUGCUACGAAGACGACUUCAACUCUGAGCGUGUCAAAAAGGCCAGCCGAAUCCUCUCCGACCGAGAAUAUAAGAAAGACUUUGAGAAGACCAUGAAGGGCUACGGAUAUGAUCUUCAUAUGACACCUGCUAUGGAGGCUAUUCGAAAAGCAAAUGCUAUCAAGUCCGACAAGGAAUAUAAAAAACAGUACGAGAGUGAGCUCAAGGGUCGAUCGGCUGGCGACGUUCUUCAGACACCGGCUAUGAAAGCUGCUAUGGCUGCUCAACAGCUCAUGAAGAAGGAGUCUCUUGGCGAAGCCAUUGCUGGCAACGAUAAGUGGGUCACUGCUCGAGUGAACGCAAUUCUUGAUACUCCAGAAAUGCGACGAAUCAAGGGAGUCGCAAAGACUUCUGAGCGAAACUACCGAAUCAAGGUCAAUCCUGGUGCCACUGUUCUUGAUACCCCUGAAAUGCGACGAGUCAAGAACGUCAGCAAGAUUCAGUCUAAGGUUGGCUACGCUGAUAACAAGUGGAAGGGCAAAUCUUGUGGAGUUAUGGACACCCCUGAAAUGCGAAUGGUUAAGCGAAACCAGAAGAACUUUUCCGAGCUCAAGUACAAGGAAGAUCUGCAGAAGCAGGCCGGCAAGCGAAUCCAGGUUGCCGAUGAUCUCGCUACCAAGCGCGCUCGACGAGCAACUGAUAUUGCUUCCGAUCUCAACUACAAGGGAAUCCGAGGCAAGGUCGAUCAGAUGGAAGCGGCUCGAAUGACUCUUGAAAAUGAAGCUCGCCAGCAGCAGAUCCGUUCUCAGGCGCCAGCGCAAUCAACUGGAACUCGAGUUGGCCGAGCUAUGCCUCGAUAUCGAGCUGAUCCUGGUUCUGUUUUCGACAUUGAAGAUCCUACAGAUAUUGAGUACGGCAGCUCUUACAAUCAUCAUUACGACACUGCUGAUGAUAUGGAUGGAGAUGGCUCUGACUACGAGCUUCUUGCUAACUGGGACCCGAAGAAGGUCGGUGAGCAAACUUCUUCGUGGAAGUCCUACCUUACUGGAUCCUACAAACGAGCUUAUGCUCCUGGCCACGUCAUGAAGUACCAGGAGGGUGAGACCCAGCAGGCUCUUCAGAACGUUGGAUAUGAGUCCUCAUUUUACGGUGGUUCCAAUAUGCAGACUCCAGCUCCAGUUCAGGAAGAGCAAGUUGAAUUCAUCAGCGUCAGAGCUCUUUACGACUACACCGCUGCUGACGACGACGAAGUUAGCUUCCAGGAAGGCGACAUCAUCAGCCAGGCCCAAGAAAUCGGAGGUGGAUGGCUUUUUGGUGUUGUUGAGCGAACUGGUGCCAGCGGUAUGCUCCCCGGAAACUAUGUCCAGCAGAUCUAA